AUGAGCUACUGCAGCGCGCCAGAAACAACGUGUAAACACCCCAUAAUUGUCGGCCAUGUGUCGUAUCUGACUUCCAUGAUUGUGGACGUCUUUCGGAUAUAUCGAAUAGCCUCUAAGCGUAUAUGGUCGUCGCACUACCCCGACGUGUUCAUGCGGGAGGCGCUGGCCAUGCGCCUCGGACUCACGGAGAGCAGGGUCGCCGUGUGGUUCCAGAACCGGCGCGCGAAGUGGCGCAAGAAGGAGCACACGCGGAAGGGCCCGGGCCGCCCCGCCCACAACGCCCACCCGCACUGCUCGGGCGAGCCCAUCCCGCCCGAGGAGCUGGAGCGCCGCGAGCGCCUCCGCCGCGAGAAGAAGCUGCUCAAGCAGCUGGAGCGGCAGCAGCGCAAGCUGGCGCUCAAGGGCGUGCACGUCAGCCUCGAGCAGCUGCGCCGCGAGUACGAGUCGCAGCACAAGCCGGAGUCCGACGCGGGCGCGGAGGGCGAGGCGGGCGGCCUCGAGGCGCGGGCGCAGCAGCCGCGCGAGACCUCCGUCAAGAGAGCCGCCUUCUCCAUCGAGAGCAUCCUGGCGCCGUCGCGCCCCGAGGACCGCGGCCCGCCCUCGCCGGGCACGCUGCUCCGCGGGGCGCCCACGCCUCCGCCCACGCCCCAGGACGGCGCCGCGCACCCCCUGCACCUUCAGGCCGCCAAGCGGGAGGUGCAGGACCUGCACCCCCCCGCGUGCAGCCUGCCCGAGGCCCCCCCGGCGGCGAGGCCCUCCGCCUCCCCUUCGGCGCGCCCUCCGCCUCCAGCAGAGAGGACCACCUGGCCAGCUGCCUGGACCAGCUGAGCCCGCUCGGCUCCCUCAGCCCUCCGAUCCAGCUGGCCGCCCUCUCGGCCGUGGGCGCCAGGGAGGAGCAGCUGGAGGGCGGGCCGGGCGCCAGCUGCCAGCCCGAGGACCUGACGGGCGACAGAAGCCCCGGCGGGGAGUGCUGAUGCCCCGUGCGUCCCUAGGCGCCCAUCGACGGCUGUUAUACCCAUGUAUCAAAGGACACGUGAUACCUGUCGUUUGCAAUUGGCGUGUGCAGCGCCCGGAGGCCGCGGCCCCGCUCGGCGCAGGAACAGCGCGCCCAAGCGACCAACUAAUCUGUGUUUCCGGUGAUCGUCAGUGCAUCCUGGCCCCCCCCCCUCCCUCUGCCCAAGACAAAGGACCAACAGAGGAAAAUAGAAAGACUCAAAAUUAUUUUCGCAGGACAAAGGGACUCGAAACUCGAAACUAGUCUCCUUCCUCAUAAUCGACACCCUCUCCUUCCCUCCAUACCCACCUCCCCUCCCCUCCCCUCCCCGCUCCCCCUCCCAAUCACCCAACCCACAGAGAAAGUCUCAAAGCCAAUCAGAAUCUCCUCGUCCCUCUCCUUCGUCCUAUUUUUUUCUCCUCAUCUUCCUCAUCGUCCCCAAAAAAGGACCCGUAAUACCAAGAACACAUUAACGCACAUUUGUUUUCGUUGAUAUAUCGUACCGUAACAUAUCUAUUCUACACAUAUUUGUUUACAGUGUGACAUUCAGUUUGUCUAAUUACGAUACUGAGACGCUGUAGAUGAAACUUAAACAUAUCCAUUUGUGAUGACCGUUGCCUAAAGAAUAUAUAAAACAGGCAAAGAAAAAAAUGUUAGUCUAAAAUUCAAAAUACAGUAACACAAUAACGAUUAAGUAAACAAGAACAUGCUACACCUUAGACUUAAAACACAUGUAUCAAAAUAAAACGCAUCUAUUGGCAUUAAAUUUGCUCUAGAUUAUAUGAUUUCCUAGUACGAUCUUUCAUUCUAACAACUCACCUCUAUAGCUUAAUUAAUGUUUUAUUAUUUCGUACAAUUAUGGAUUUUGUCAUAUGUUUUUUUUUUUUUUUUUUUUUUGUAUCCUUUGGAUCUUUUUUCUCGUCCACAUUUCCAUUUUCCUUGUCUCCUUAGGAUUUUUUUUUCUUUUCUAGGAUUUCUUUUCAGAUUCCUCUAUUCCUUGUCUUGUUUUACGAUAUAUAUUCUUUCUCUCUUUGCUUCUUCCUCCUUCUUCUCUAUUUCUUCCUUCCGCCUUCCUCUCUCUUUCCUUCUUCCUCCUCCUUCUCUCUGCUUCCUCGUCCUUUCUCUCUGUUCUACCCCU